CCGGCCCGCAAAGUCCAAAGGAAGCUCCUCGUCACUCGAGAAACGAAUAUGGAGGCGACGAGAUCCAGGCGUUAGUAGAUGACGCGUCCCGCCUUAGCAACCCGUCAACCCCCCUCAUCCCUCUCGAACAUGUUGUUCCUUUGGCCCGUUCCGAGAAGCGUUGGCAAGGCAGAAGAAUUCAAAUCGUUGAGCGCAAAGUUAAAGCAUUGCUCAACGAGCUUACAAUGGAACGAUUCGAGAGCAUUUCCGAUCAGAUUAUCCAAUGGGCCAACAAAUCGGAAAAUGAAUCCGAUGGUCAAUCUCUUAUACUCGUUACUCGCCUUGUCUUCGAAAAGGCUACGGAUGAAGCCACACGGUCCGAAAUGUAUGCGAAGCUGUGCCGUAAAAUGCAGGAGCAGAUAAGCGAAGAUAUCCAGGACGACAAUGUGAAGGACUCGGAGGGAAUUCCCAUCAAAGGCGGCGCUCUCUUCCGAAAGUACUUACUGAACCGGUGUCAGGAAGAUUUUGAGCGUGGUUGGUCUACUAAAGAAAGUGCUGCCGCUAAGGCGGAUGCAGAUAGAGCCGUGGAGGAAGCUUUCGACAUUAGGGAACAAAUGUCUGAUGGUGAACGGCAAGGUCUCGGUACCGUCAAGUUUAUUGGGGAACUCUUCAAAUUACAAAUGCUGACGGCCCGCAUCAUGCACGAGUGUAUCAAGAAGUUUUGUCAAACCCUGUGUCAACUUCUGACAACUGUCGGAAGGCUUCUUGAUACUCCCACAGCCAAAAAGCAUAUGGAUAUUUAUUUCUCCCGCAUGGAAGAGCUAACGAGGCACUCGUCGAUCAAUGCUCGAAUACGCUUCAUGUUGAUGGACGUACUCGAUCUUCGGGAGCAGAAAUGGCGAACUCGCCGAGUUGUCGCUCAGUCAUCAACGAUUGUGCAGGUUCACGCAGAUACGGUCGAAGACAGGGAAUCAGUUCAAUGGACUCAGAUGGGUGGCAGUAUAGGUCGGGAACGAUUUGAAAUCACGUCAGACGGUUGGUCAGUGGCUGGGAACAAUGCAGCGCCUCGACCACUGCGCAAUCCACUUCGGUGGGAACGAUCUCAAUUCACGUCAGACGGUUGGUCAGUGGCUGGGAACAAUGCGACGCCUCGACCACCACCGAAAGAGGCUGGGGAUCUGUCCAAGUUCGGCACGUUUUCGAAAGCACCGCCGCCGCCGACAUUCGGUCCGUCCCGAGCGUUCUCGAAGAAGGAAGUCAAAGGAGGAGAGACCUGUUCCCCCGAUUGGGCUACCGAGGUCCCCCAAACAUCAUCUUCUAGUCGUGCUCCGAGCCACACACCGAGUAAGCUUAAUUUGCAGCCACGGACUGUCCCACAAGAGUCUGAGGAGACUUCAGUAGAAGGCCAGGGAGCCCAGGAUAAGAGUGACGAGGUUCCUACCGGAAGGGCGUCUCCAGUUGGCAUGACUGAGGCACAGGCUGAUGCGCGGAUUGAGGAGGAUGUCAAAGAGUUUUGGGUGCUUCGGAAUGUUGGCGAGGUACAACAUUAUUUCGAAGCACUGCCUGUGGUGCAUAGAUCACGAUUAGUCCUCAAGCUUGCCUCCACCGCGUUGGAGAAGAGAGAAGUCGAUGUGGUUCUUACGGCCGAACUGUUUAGCAAGGUUUCCGACGCUGGUCUUUGCUCGGGUGAGGUGUUUGAGGCAGGCCUGGCUUCUACGGUCGAGAUGGUGGACGAGCUUUCCAUCGAUAUCCCCAAGGCAUACUCAUUCGUCGCGAGACUGCUGAAAGGAUCCAAACUUUCUCGAUCGUCCAUCGAGUCGUUAACGUCCAAAAUCAUGGUUGACGGAGAUCCCCUAGUUCUGCCUAGCGAAAAGCUAAUCAAAGAAUACGAAAAGCUCGAAUAAUACCCCGCCUGCAUCUCACGCCACGCUACACACUCAUCCGUAUAGAUCUCUCUUCGCCAAGCGUCAUCUAGGCACCAAUCCUAUGUCCGCAAAGGGGGAGAGAGGCCUGUUUCUCUCUCGUCAAGCUUCGUCCGCGAACAUGUUUUCUGCAUUGAACACGUAUAGGGUUAUCAGUGUCCCCCAAACAUCAUCUUCCAGUCGGUACGGCCGAGGCACAGGCUGAUGCAAGGAUCGAGGAUGUCAAAGAGUUUUUGGAUAUCCUAGAUCGACUUGGUCAUCAAUUCGAUUGGAAUUUAGCUACACCACAGCAUUCAUUUAAUUGAAGAGACGAGAUAUGGAAUCUGCCAGUGCCUCAGCGCACAUCUUUUUGUAUAUAGUGCUCACCGAGUAACUGGAGAUUUGUACAACAGUACUACGUUUCAGAGGA